AAGAAAAAUAAAAUGUUUGCAUGAGAUAGUAAUAGACUAUCUAAUCAAACAAAAAUAAAACAUUUUCUCUAUUUUUUUACUCAAAAACUUUUCUUCAUUAAUCAUUUUUUGUUUUCACCCUCUGAUUCCUAAGGGGCUUAGUAGUCCAGAGUUCGGGCGAGUUCGGUAUCAAGUAGUUUCAAUUUCCUUUAAAAUACAGUUACGGGAAUCGAACUGUAGUUCCUUCCUAAUCAUUUUAGCUCUCUUGUUUUUUUCCUUUUUCUUUUUCCAUUUUCUAUAUUAAUUCCUUCACCAUUACUUUUCCCUCCAUCAACAUCUUUUUUUCUCUUUAUUAUUUUUCGAACAACCUUUUUUUCUCUUUAUUAUUAUUCAUUCAUCUCUUAAUAAUUCCCUUACUCCUUUUUUUUCUCUAUUGAAUGAAAACUUGAACACACCAAAACGAUAUCGUUUUAACAAUUCAAACCAACGUUACUGUUUCUGGAACCUUCUUCUUCUUCUUCCUCCGGCGAUUAACCGUAAAUGCACUUUACACCUCAGUCACUACUGAUAUGACUUUCUCCGCCGCCGCAUCAUCUUCUCUUCGUUCUACCUCUUCUCCUUCCUACUCGCAGUUGUCGUGCUCUCUUAGGUACAAUAGGAAGCUUCGUAGUCAAAUAAAUUUUGUUGUGACUCGAGGAAGAAAAGGUCGAUGGUUAAGGAAUGGUUGUGUUAGUGUUAGAUCAGUGUUGAAUGACAAUAGACCUAGUUUUAACAAUUAUGGAACGCCGGAAUCUGCUAGGCUUCUUGAGAGGUUGUUUGAACAGACGCACAAGCUGGAUGAUAGGGUGAUUGGAGAGGAUGCAGAUCUUGGUGAUUUUGAGACGGAUCUUUUGGCGGCUCUUAUGGAAUUGAAGGUGAAGGAGGAUCAUUUACAUGAAGUGGAGAGAACUGUUUUGUUGGAGAAUGGAAAAUUGAAACAUGCUAAAGAGGAAUUAGAGCGUCAAGAGAAUGAAAUUGAGGCUGCCCGUGAGAAGUAUGAGAGGCUUGAAGAGGAGAUGAAGGAGGCGAGGGCUAGUUUGGUUUCUCAAGUUGGACAGGUAGAUGAAUUGAAGCUCCGGCUUACGGAUCGUGAUAAUGAGAUUGCAGGUUUACGGGAUGCGCUGUCUUUGAAGGAAGAAGAGUUGGAGAAAAUGAGGAUUGGUUUGGCUAAGAAGAGUGAAGAAGCUGCUUAUGUUGAUUCUGAGCUUAGAAAUAAGCUUCAGCUUCUGAGUGAAGCUAAUGAGGUUGUGAAGAAACAAGAAAUUGAGCUUCAAGAACUUCGGGCAGUUGUAUUACAAAGAGAAGAAGAACUACGAGUUUCUGCGGCUGAGAGGGAAGUUGAACAAGAAAAGCUCAAGAUUGCGGAGGCUUCUUUGGAAAGGCAGGCAAUGGAAUGGUUGUUAACACAGGGGGAACUUAAGAGACUGGAAGAGGAGGCGUCGAGGCAUGCACAGGAGAACAGUGAAACACUAGAGGAUUUCAGAAGGGUGAAAAAGCUUCUCAGUGAUGUGAGGUCUGAAUUAGUUUCAUCUCAGCAAUCGCUGGCAUCUUCUAGGAACAAAAUGGAAGUACAAGAAAGGUUGUUGGAACAGCAGAUGGCGGAACUUUCAGACCAAAGGGAAAGUGUCAUGUUGUAUAUGGAAAAUUUAAAAGAUGCACAAAGAGAAGUAGAGAGUGAAAGAACGAAACUUGGGGUUGCAGAGGCUUUGAAUAAAAAACUCGAACAAGAUCUGUCCAUGGAGAAGGAGCUCAUGAAGAAGUUACAGGAGGAGCUGAAGGAAGAGAGAGCUUCUUUGGAGCAGGCUGUUCAUGAAUUGUCUUUGCUUCAACAGGAAUUUGAUAUAAAAAGUGUUGAAUUUAAGGAAAAAAGUGCCCUUCUUGAUAUCAAAGAGUCAGAGCUUGUUGAUGCUAAGCUAGAAAUCCAACAUUUGAAAUCUGAAAAGGCUUCUCUUCUGGUUCUCUUGGAGGAGAAAGACUUGGAGCUUUCUAAUGCUAGGAAGCUGCUAGCGGAACUAAACCAGGAAAUCUCUGAUCUUAAGAUGCUUAUGAACAACAAAGAAACACAGCUUAUUGAAGCAACCAAUAUGUUAAGGGAGAAAGAUGAGCAUGUGAAGAUGAUCCAGAAUAAGUUGAAUAAUACAAGCCUGAAGGCUUUCGAAGCUGAAACUGUAGUAGAACGAGUUUUAGAUCUCACAAACAAACUGGUUGCUUCCAUUCAGAAUGAAGACAUUAAUUCAUAUAGGCCACUAGAUGAAAUGGGUGAUCAACUAAUGACGCAACUUUUGGAAGAUCCUACUAAUGAAUUGAGUUGGCAACAAAAACGGCUGGAGAAUGUGCUCGAGUUGACCAAGGAAAACUUAAAAACAAAGGAGAUGGAAGUUCUUGCUGCACAGAGGGCCCUAAUAAUAAAAGAAGAGGAGCUUAAAAUGACUCUUGCAAGGUUGGAAGCAAAAGAGGAAGAGUUAAGAGGAGCAAAGGACAAGGCGACAGAAGAUGCUAAUGAUCAUAAUAGGUUGUAUGCUAUGACGCAGGAGAGACUCAAUGAGAAUAAUAUGGAGGACUUGGCAAUCGAGAAGCUUCAGCUUGAGGCAGCACAGCUUGAAGUUGAAGCUGCUACUAGUGCUCUACAGAAAAUUGCAGAAAUGAGUCAACAACUUUUGAAUAAAGCCAUGCCGAGUGUUAAAGCUGAUAGCUGUAUCAGUGCCAUGCAAAAUAACAAUAAUAUUAAACUUGAUUUAAUCACAAAUAUCAAUUGCAUUGAUUGUUUGGCUGUGGUGAAAGCAGGAGUUGCUCGACUCUCGGCAUUGACAGAACAGCUCGUGAUGGAUGCAGGUCUUCCUGCUGCAAGCUAGAAGAUAUGUUACCGGGCAUGGCAUUGCAGAUAGACAUUGUAUGUUGUUAUCUUUGUGGUUAAAAGCCAUUGCAAGGUUAACAACAAAAAGUAGGUUAUAGGAUAUUCACUUUGUUUGCAAGAUAUGUAUAGUGAUUGUAUUUGUAUCUUUGUCUGGUUGUGCAGGUGAAAACUUAUUAUGUUGUAUCAGAUACAUUCAAGUGUAUUUGUUUUCGACGACAGCAAAUAUUUUAUCAGUUUUGCAUAUUUGAUAAAAUAAACGAAAUAAUAUGCUCCAUUUAUUUGUGGAGUUGAUA